UACAUCCUGAAUGCAUAUAUAUUCCCAUCAGCAGCGUGCACAGAACACAAGCUAAUUCCCAAACAUGCAUUCGAGUACUCGAGCUCGCCUCCUCCUCGCUGCCGCCGUACUCCUGCUCUCGGCUGCUCCGGCGGCCAGAGCUCAGGAAACCGACGAUGAAAGGAAGUUUGGUUACGUCCCCGGCACGGAAAACGGGCCGGGGAACUGGAGUAGGCUCGAUCCGAGAUGGGCCAAGUGCAACACGGGCAACAUGCAGUCGCCCAUCGACCUCUCCCACGAACGCCUGAUGCGCAACCUCGGCUACCUCGACUACUCCUACCUCCCAGCCGAGGCCUCCAUGGUCAACCGCGGCCAUGACAUCGAGGUGAAGUUUAUGGGAAACGCCGGGAGAGUGGUGAUCAACGGCAAGGCGUACAAGCUCAAGCAGCUGCACUGGCACACGCCCUCCGAGCACACCGUCAACGGCCGCAGGUAUGACAUGGAGCUGCACCUUGUACACGACGACGGCAACAGCAACACGGCGGUGAUCGGCAAUCUCUACCAAAUCGGCAACCCCGACCCCUUCCUGCUCAUGCUGGAGCCAUUCAUUAGAAGGAUAGCAGAUACAAAAGAUAAGUCAGAGCCGAUCGGUGUGGUGGAUCCACAGCUAGCCAAGAGCCCAGACGCCGUGUACUAUCGUUACAUGGGCUCCCUCACGACACCGCCUUGCACGGAGGGAGUGAUCUGGACGGUUUUCAAGAGGGCCCAGACUGUGGCACAGUAUCAGCUUGAUCUUCUCAGGGAAGCCGUGGCUGACGGUUAUGAGAACAACGCAAGGCCCCUUCAGAAGGUGAACAACAGAAACAUCAGCAUUUUCAUUCCAGACCCUAAGAAGGACUAAUCAAUUACCAACACAUCGCCAGACAUGAGAUCAGAUUAGAAUAAAUUAAGCUACAACUGUUAGUUCUAUAAACUAAGUUGCAACAAUGCUAGUUAUGAAAUAAAAUUAUACCCGGAGUAGGGAUUUACUAUACAACAGUGAACUGAUCUUUUUUGAAAGAACAGUUAAAUUCUGACUUUUCGAUCCAUGCAAAGAUUAUUGGCCUGCCAGACCCUCUUCCGUAUUGAGCAUAUGAACCCUGAGGACGAUGCAGCAAUGGCAGGGGCAACAAACUAAACUCAUGUGGGGUUGAGGAUUGAGGGUUGGGAACAGGGCUUGGGGGAAAUGGAAGAGGGGUGGGUUCUUGGAUUUAGAGGUAGCUAGGCUUGGAGAGACGGUUGAUUGAUGGUGUUUGGAGCGCAAGACAGAAGCGAAGCUGUGGGGGUGGAAAGUAGGUGAUGGGCGGGGUACUAGGGUAAGCAGCAGGGUUUACCAAACCGGCCGUUUGGGUAGGGUUACUAUCAUCCCACGAAAUGAUGGUUACCGCAAGAUCUAACGUGGUUUCAAAAACUGAAAAGUUUACCAUGCAUAAUAAUCAUCAUGAUAACUACGUAAUAACUACACGGUUUUGUAAAUUAACCCUGGUAGGCAGUGGGGUAAUGGAAAUUAAUUUGAGGGUGGUUUGGAGGUGGUGACCGGAUCUAGUAGUGCUAGCCGCCGGAGACACUUGGUAAUAAUGCUGGGGUUUCUCGGCGAAGUUGAAGAAGAAGACAAGAUCAUCUUGACACAGGGACAUCCUCUUCACUUUGGCUUUCAUUUUCAGUCGCUAUGCCAUGAAUAUGGGAGCAAGGAGGCUGCCGAUGUAUCUCUCUCUGUUCGUCUGAGCUACGAUACGUAAGCCACGAAAAAAAAAACAAAUUAACAAAAAUAAUUUAUCGGUGGAAAAACUUUUAUACCUGUGUUAUUUAUAUGGUUUAAGAUGUAAUGCUGAAACAUAGGAUAUGAGAAACAACAUCAAAAUUAAGUUCUAAAAUUUAAAUUUGAUUGUAAUAUGAUUGAUAAGCUAACAGACAAUUGAUGAGAAGCUAUUCACAUAGGAAGAGAAAAAAAUGUAUUUGUUUGGUUUAUGUUAAAAAAAAGGGUAUGAUUGUUAUAGAGCCAGUCAAAGACCAUUGACUUAGCCGCAUCAGCAGAAACGAACA